AUGUCCUCAACGUCAUCAUCAUUAGCCUCAUCUGCUAGCUGGUGGGACUGGUGCGACGCAAAGGGGCUGAUCGAUGGUGGCCGACAGUGGGAGACGAUGGCGAGCAACGCCACGAGGGAAGAUCGAUUCGGCGAAGUUGACUGGUUGGACACCAUCUCGCCGAAUCCGACGACGCACAGUGCCUCCACCAACCCGACUGUGAUUCCAGCCUUCUUGCCUCUCAUCCUUGACGAAUCCCCGAUCUCGUUGUCCUCGUCACUGAAAUUGCAGGGGCGAGAUUCAAAGGGAUCUAACGAGGAUUUGGGCGUAUGA